UAAACUAUGUGGGUGUUACAUAUUUUUAUCAACAAUUGGUAAAUAAGAUGGCAGGAUUCGAAGACUUUGAAUUAUAAGCACUGUAGUGGUUAAAUUUAUAAGGGUGCAAAAUGAAGUUAAGUUUGUUUAAAUGGAAGACGUUGAUUAUACACGGGUUUUAUACAAUAACUAAGAAAUCAUCAAGCAAGAAAGCAUGGUAGAGAUCUAAUUUGAACACUUUAUAUUAAUUAAAAAAAAAAAAAAAAACUUACAAUAUUAUGGAUUAUGACUUGGCAGUUUCAAGCUUUUGAUGGAUUAAACAUCUUCACAUUCGAUGGAAAGAAUAAAAUAACAUAGAACAUUAAUGAAAAGGAAAAAUUAGAAAGAAUAAUACUACCUUUGACACAUCUUCUCAAAAUAAUCUCACCUUUGAGUAUUCCAGAAAUAAUCUCACCUUUAUACCCCAUAUUUUCAAAACAACCUUCUAAUAAAAUUGGUAACCUAUUUAGAAGGUCUUUUUCCACGUGUCGUCUUUUAAUUGGUUUCUGUUAUUUUUUUAAAAAACAAAAAAAUAAACAAAAAAAUUAAAUCCUUAGCUUCUUCUUCCUUACCCUGCCGGAGCCCCCUCCCUCGCCGGACCCAGCUGCCCUCCUUGAUUCCCUCCCCUUCCCCGUUCCCCCUUCUACUUCCUCUUCCCCGAUUCCCCCUUCCAUUUCCUCUGCCGCUGAGAAACUCCGCCGCCCAGCUGGCGCCGUUGAUCGAGUUCUGGGCCGGAUAAAGGUCUGAUUCCCUUCGCUUUCGGGCCCAGACACCACAACUGAACGAGGUUUCCGAUUCAAGUGGGUUUCGAUUUGGAGGUUAAGAGGGGACUUGGGGUGGGGAUUGGACAUGGCAGCCCCUUCCCCGAAAAUUGAAAUUGGAGGUGAAUCACCGAAAAUUGUCAAAUUCCCCCGUUGAAAUGCUCGGAAAACAGAGCAACGAUCCAUGGAAAAACAGCAAAGACGAAAAAAUGGCGUCGAAAAUUGAGAAUUGGUUACGAAACGCGGUCGUCGUUUAAAAUCUCGGAGCUUGAUCGAAACGGAAUCAAUGGCGGUUGAGAUCUCAUCUUUUCAAUCUCUCUCCGCACUGCUAUAAUGGCGGUUGAGAUUAGGUAAGGGGUAGGGAUGGUGGCUGUUCAAGAGAGUUGUGGGAUUUGGGUGGGCGUGGCUCAGGUGGCAGGGCGGGGCUGGGGUUGCAUCUGAGUUGGUCAGUUUGGUGGUGAUGGUGGGAAGGUGGUCUGUUCAGUGGUGAUGUAUGGUCAUGGUGGUUGAAUGAAGGGGGUGAGGUGGAAAAAGAAGAUUAAAAAAAAAUUAAAAAGAAAAAUUAACCUGUAAAACAAGUUGAAGGUAAAAAAGGCUUGUUUUGAUAAUAUGGGGUGUUAAGGUGCGAUUAUUUGUGAAAUGCGCAAAGGUGGGAUUGUUUUGAGAAGAUUGCCAAAAAUGGGAUUAUUCUUUUCAAUUUUUUCUAAUGAAAAUUAAUAGCGAAAUUUUGUUAAAGUCGUUUCCUAUACUAAUUUUGACCAACACUUUGUUUAAUUAUCUGGGUUAGUGGAGUAUUUUUUAGUUUAUUUACUAUUUUUCUUUCUUUUUUUGAGAGCAGUUUAUUUACGAGUUAAAUGUACAAAAUAGAUUACACUAUUAUUAUGACGUCUCCUUUUGUUUAAAUUUCAUCGAUAUGUGGACAUAAGUAGCAAUAUUAAUGGUUAUUUCGUUUUGAGGUAGUGAUUGACAAAUUAGUAGCUUGUAAAGAUUUUUUUUAUCUUAAUACUAAGCGGCCACACGUGCAAUAAUUAUAAAUGUAGAUUAAACUCGAAUCCAAAUCUCAUAAUUACAAUAUACACGGUUUUGGAUUAUACUUUAACUACUCCGUAAUUAUAUUAUUCCAUAGUUAACAUUGGCUAAAAACAUCAUUGAUUUAGGCUCUAGACCAAUACAAGUUUAACCCUAUUCUCUUGUCAAAAAAAGUUUAACCCUAUUCUUUCUCAUCUCCUCCCCUUUGACCAAUGUGUGCAUUACACACUUGAGAAAUUCAUGUCGACUUACUAAAGUAAUGGCAAAGUAAUGGGUGCCAUAACAUAAACCCAGAAAUUUGCAGUUUCAAAAUUUUCCUUCAAUUCAUUUCUCUUUCGCAAUUUUUCUAUCCCAGAUCGAAUCUCAUCCCCAUCUUCUAAAUUUUCCCCCUUUAAUUACUUCAAUUCAAGAAUAUUCUUCCAUUGUUAUUACUUCAACUCAAAUCCAUUAACCUUUACUCCUCAAUUGAAUCUUUCAUUCUUUGAUUCAUUCCUCAAAAACCCUUAAUUGUUUUUUGAUUUCUUGUAAAAUUAAUUCUGGGUUUUUCGGGUGAAGCUUUGAAGGUACAAAAAUGGCGGUUCCAGUUGUAAAAUUUCCCAUUUACAUGGUGAUUAGAUUGAUCGGAAUCAUAGUGGCUGCUCUUGUUUUCACUUGGACUAUUCAUUAUAGAGGUGGCCUUGCUCUUAUCUCUGAUAAUAAAGCUCAAAUCUUCAAUGUUCAUCCUGUUUUGAUGGUCAUUAGCCUUGUACUGCUAAAUGGAGAAGCCAUGCUAGCAUACAAAACGGUUCCAGGAACAAAAGCCUUUAAAAAGCUAGUUCAUCUCUCCCUGCAGUUUCUCUCUUUCUGCUUAGCUAUUAUUGGUAUCUGGGCUGCUUUCAAAUUCCACAGCGAUAAGGGCAUUGACCACUUCUACAGUCUCCACUCAUGGCUUGGUCUUGGUUGUCUUUUCCUGUUUACUCUUCAGUGGGCUGCUGGCUUUACAACAUUUUGGUAUCCUGGUGGCUCGAGAAACAGCAGAGCUUUCUUGCUUCCGUGGCAUGUUUUCCUUGGUGUCUAUAUCUAUGCUUUUGCCAUAGUUACAACUGUGACGGGUAUCUUAGAGAAAGCUACGUUUCUGCAAGCUAGCCAUAUUAUAUCUCGGUACUCCACUGAAGCUUUGCUGAUUAACUCGAUGGGUAACUUGAUAAUGGUCCUUGGAGGUUUCGUUAUUCUGGCUCUUGUCGCGCCCCUGAAUGGGAAAGGUGAAAUUCCCCGAACUGCAGAAUAGCUUUAUGCUUUUGGCAAACUGGGGCUCCUUAUGACAUGAGCAUUUACGAUACAUAUUCUUAGGGAAUUUCAUUUGAACCACAUUGUUAACCCUUGAAUUGGGAUAAAUGAUUAAAAAGUUGAAAAAUAUUUUCCAAAAGGAUUUA